UGAACUGGCAAUAGUCCCGUUGAUCUUCAAGUGCAAGGAGCCUUCCACCAUUCGAUCCCAAUACUCCAGCCAUUGCAGCUCUAAUAACUGACUGAGCUCGUUCAGAAGUGCUCCCAAAGUAACUAUUCCCAUUAUUACCUUCCUUUUGGCCAAACCAGGCCGUACGACGCACUCUUGACUCGCAUUCAUUUUGAGGCAUAACAUAUAAAUCAAUACCUUCUCUUAAUACGUCCCCGGUCUUCUUUCCUCACUGCUAAGCCUUUUUCCCAAGAACAUCUAUCAAAACUCAGCAUGCGUCACUUCGGCUUAAACUUCCUAGUAGUCUCCUUAUCUUUGUCUCAGGCACAUGGCAAUCAGUAUCAGCCAAGUGACGCAUCGUCCUAUCAAACAGCUGCUCCGGCUACGGUGUCCGGCGUGUCCACUGCCUUCGUCUCUGGUCAGAAAGCUGUCACUGCUCAACUGAAAUCCGAUGCUCACGCUGCAAUCCAGGAUUUCUCUGAUGCGAUCACAACUGCCGCUGGUAACUCCUCCACCCAGUCCUCUGCGGAAACUGCCCAACUGUUCAACACAAUUGUCAAAGGAGCAAUGUCCGCCCCCAUUAACCAAAACAUUGGCUCCAGCGCUACUCCCUCACAAGACCGUCUGAACUCGAUGGCUGCUUCAAUCAAUGCUACUUUAAACAGCAUCAACGAUGCGGCCAACAAGAUUUUGAGUAAAUCCAAUGGAGCCCUGCAUUAUCAGGAUCUCAAAGAUUGUAUUGGGGGCAUGGUGCAACAGGGUGGUCUUCAUGAUGGCGAGAGUUGUACGAUGAACGGAAUGUCUAUCACCGGUGUUUCUAACAUCAUGACCAACGUCUUGAAGAACUUUGGAAACAAUGCGAUUCCACCAGCAGUCAUUCAUGAGGCCACCAAAGCUCUCGAUCCAUCUUUCACCGCCAUCAUCCCAGGAGAAAAAACUUUCUACGAUUCCGUGAACAAUGCCAUCACUUCCGUCCAAGCCUCCGUCUCUGGUCAAUUGAUCGCCGCUCUGAACGACGCUCAGAACUGCUUUGAAUCCGCUAUGAAGUCGGAAGGCAGUUAUGAGCAAAAGAUGCAGAUGACUCAAGAAUGUAACCGCUCUCCCACCGGAAAGUCCGUGUACAAUGAUUUGAAGACUCUGUACUUAUCCGUGACCAAUCAGUUUGUGGGCUACCUCCAACCCAAUGUGAUUGACUCAGUACACGACAUUGCUGAACACUAUCUGGACAAAAACGACACUGCAUCAGACGAGGCUUAUUUCCGCCAAGCCGUCAGGAAUACAACAUCAUCUCUUGUGGCCUCAAAUGCUGGAAAUCAAGUCACGUACGCGUAUAGUCUAGCCAACUGCUUAGAUAGCGUUAUUGGUACCACAGAUCCCCAUGCUGCCUCCAACAUUGCCAACACUAAGGACUGUUUAAGCAAACCUGAUGGUCCACCAGCUUCGGUGAAGCAAAUUGUUUAUGGAUACAUCCAACAAAUCUACGGAGUCUUGCCUGCCCAGAUUGCGGCAAAAAUUGAAGCCAGCGGUGUUGACAAGCUGGACCCCGCCGACCCACAGUACCAAUCCAAGGUCGCAGCUCUGCACGACACCUUCGAAAAGACGAAUGUCGGUCCAGAAUACGUGACAUGUUACGAAGCAUUCGUUGACUGUUUGUUCAACGAGCGGAACGGUGCAUUGGAGAAACCUGGAAACACUCAAUCCGUCUGUCUUCUCGGCGAUGCAUGCCAGAAGGCACCCGAUGGAAAAGCUAACCUUGCAGUGCCCUUCGGCCGGAGGUCGCUUACUUCGAACGCCGCGCACCUGCUUCGUCGUCUGGCAGAAAUGCCCACCAAGACCUCACCUCAUCCUGUCCAAAAAGCCAGGAUUGUUCGCAAGUACACCAUCACCUUGCCCCAUCGAAGCUACUUGCUCAACAGCUAUCAUCAACAGUUUAAUUCUUCCUCAGUUUAAUUUAGUUCAGUAUUCUUUGUGUGGAAGUUUUAUCAACCACACAUUCCACCGCAAAUCGAGGACAUUUAUUCGGCAUUGUCUUUUCGCCCAUCUUGCACAUUCACUUUUUUCUUAUUCAUUUCCACACAUCCUGAUGUAUCAUGGAAAAUUCAUAUUUUGGGUUUCAAGCUAUUUCUCGUUGUUUUGUAUCUCACACUCCUUUGACCUUCACUUUUUUUUAAUUGCUCAUUUCCAUCGUUUAUUGACCUAAUCCACAGGGACAUUUUGUAUAUAGAAGCAAGUUAAUCCACAGACAAUACAUUGGUGCAGAUUGGUGCAGUCGUAAUAUGCAUUCCAUUUUGCAAGAGAAAAAAUAAAAAUGAAAAAAUGAAAAAUCACUU